GAUCUGCAGCUGAUCUUUGUAAAAUGGCCAUGGUUGAGAUUUUUACCUCUGUUGUCAUUUCUCCAACUUUAACAGCCAGGUUAAUUGCCCAAAUUCAUGAUGAGUUGCUGUUUGAAGUAGAAGAUUCUCAAAUUCAGGAGUUUUCAGCACUUGUAAAAAGAACAAUGGAAUCCCUGCAGCAAACCCCAGCGCUGGAAGUGCCACUAAAGGUUCCCUUGAAAGUGAUUCUUACGGCCGGGAAGUCCUGGGGGUGCAUGCGGGAGCUGCGGGCGCCAUGA